AGUGGGAAAAAACAAUGCCCCUGAUUUGGAAUGUCCUCGAACUGAUAGCAGCUGCUCUGCUCACUCCUUUCUUCCUGUUGCUGGGAUGGGCUUUGUAUUAUCAUUUCUCCACAACCGAAAUCCCUGCCGGAAUGCGUGAAUCUCAAAAGAUCCGAUUUCUGCACUUGGCACUUGUCAUGGUGUAUGGCUUGGAUUAUAUUUGCUGGAAAAUGGGUCUUUGCCAUAGGUUUGCCAUAGUGAGGCUUGCAAUGGAUGGAAUCCCUCCCUUAGGUGAUCCAAGGGUCUUCACCAAGAAUGACUUCUUUGAGGGUAUACCUGUAAGGAUCUAUCACCCUAAAAGGGCAUCAACUGGGUUGCAGAGAGGAAUUCUGUUCUUCCAUGGAGGAUCUGGAAUGAUGGGGAGCAUUGAUGCAUAUGAGAGAUUUUGCCGCUAUAUUGCCAGGGAAAGCGAUUCAGUGCUUGUAUCUGUCGGGUAUCGCCUUGCUCCAGAGAACCCUUAUCCGUCACAGUUCAAUGACUGUCAGGACGCUGCCGUUUACUUCAUGAAGAAUUCAGAAAACUAUGGGGUGGACCCUGCUCGUAUAAUACUUUGUGGGGACAGUUUUGGAGGCAUGUUGACUGCUUACGUCUGCCAAGAGCUGAAAAGCAGGACCGAUCUCCCCAAAGCCCGUGCUCAGGUGCUGCUCUAUCCUGUUCUCCAAGCACUGGACUGCAAUUUACCUUCUUAUUUGCAGAACAGCUUCUUCCCUCUUAUAACCCGAGUUCAGGUCCUUGAAAUGGUCACACAGUAUCUCGAUAAACCCAGCUCAUUGAUUGACAUAGCGGUUGCAGGAAAUACGUUCCCUGAAAGCACUCAUAUGAAAUACAGGAAGUGGGUACAUUCCGAUCUUAUCCCUCAGAAGUUUCGAGCCCGAAACCACAAUAAGGCCCCGCCAGCUCCCCCCAAAUAUGAUUUAUUAAGCCUGUUGGGUGAGCUGCACAACAGAAGACUUUCCCCGCUCUUGGCUGAAGAUUCCUUUUUGAAAGGUCUUCCAGAGACUUUCAUCCUGACCUUUGAAUAUGACGUGCUGAGGGACGAUGGGCUGUUGUAUAAGAAACGACUGGAAGACAAUGGCGUCUUGGUAUCAUGGCACCACAUUGAGGAUGGGUUUCAUGCCAGUCCAGUCAUGCUGCAUCAUUGGUUAAUCACUUUCUCCCAUUGCAAAACAGCAACUGAUUCUGUAGUUAAUUAUGUAAAAGAGCUGUAAAUUCUAACACGGUCUUCGGUCUCCCCCAACUGAAUGUAUGACUGUUCAGAAAACUGCUCAUGUUUUAUCAGUCACACUGCAAACCAUCGUGUUUGUGUCCUGGGCCGUCAAGUUGCUUUCAUCUUAAGGUGGCCUUAUGAAUCCAUGGCCUCCAACAGGUUCUGUCAUUGAACUGUCUUGCAACCU